UUCACUUUCUUCUACGUCUAAUGGAUUUCAUACCUGAAUUUCCUUCGGACGUCGACAAAACGUUAGAAAGUAUUUUUAACAUUGAUCCCAGAAAGUCUAGGGACUUACAUUUGGGGCACAGUGUUUCCUUUAUCCACGAAAGACCUAAUAACUCUUGCAUUCCCCCUUCAAACUGGCAGCAUUGCGAGUCAAGAAAAUUAAGAUCCUUGGAUGAAAUCCCCAAAAAUUAUCGUUACAUUUUCGAAUUUGCUUAUUUUAAUAAAGUUCAAAGCCAGUGCUUGGAUGAGGUUUUUUUUUCCGAAGUAAACUUUGUCUUGUCGGCUCCUACUGGGUCUGGCAAAACUGUGGUGUUUGAAUUAGCAAUCGUACGAGAACUAUUAUCCUUGAACGACCUCUCUUCUGAAGCUUUUAUGGUCUAUGUUUCGCCAUUGAAGGCAUUAUGCUCGCAAAAGCUUUUAGAAUGGGCUAAAAAGUUUGCUAGGUUGGGUAUAAGAUGCGCUGCGAUAACAGGGGAUACGCUUGAUGAAGACUUGGAAAAGGUAGAAACUUCUAAUAUUAUCCUUACGACUCCUGAGAAGUGGGACAGCGUAACUCGGCGUUGGUCCUAUUAUCCGAGCUUGAAAAAGACUAUAAAUCUUCUAAUGCUGGAUGAAGUCCAUCUGCUCAACGAAAGACCCAGAGGGGCUACUUUAGAGGCUCUUGUUAGUCGUAUGAAAGCUUUAAGCCCCAACGCGAGGUUUAUUGCAGCAUCAGCGACUAUACCCAACAUUGAAGACCUGGCCAACUGGUUAACUACUUCACGAAGAGCAACUUAUAAAACCUUAGAUGCCUCGUACCGCCCAGUUCAUUUAAAACAAGUGGUUUUGGGUUUUCCUGAAGCCCCUAAUCCUUACCUUUUUGAUACAAGGCUGAAUUAUAAGCUUUUAGACUUGAUUGACCAAUAUAGCUGCGGCAGGCCAUGUUUAGUGUUUUGCAGUACGCGGAAGGGGACCCAACAGGCAGCGCAAGAAGUUUUCAAUAUGCUCACUCUAAGAAGGAGAACAUUACAUAACUCGUCAACUCCUAAAACUUAUAUAGAAACGGAGAUGUUGAAGUUGUCCGACAAAACACUUAAAGAAUAUAUUAAAGCGGGUAUCGCAUUCCACAACGCUGGUGUUUCUAAUAGAGACAGAAGUAUUAUAGAAAAUUUAUUUAUCAAAUCAUAUCUACCAGUUAUAUUUUCCACUUCAACUUUGGCUAUAGGCGUUAAUCUUCCUGCACAUUUAGUUAUUAUUAAGUCUACCCAAUAUUAUGAGCGGCAAAAAUUUGUAGAAUAUAGUGAAACCCAAAUAUUGCAAAUGAUUGGUCGGGCUGGAAGACCCCAAUUUGACAAAACGGCAACUGCCAUAAUUUUGACAACAAAUACCACAAAGGCAAACUACGAAAACUUGUUAUCAAACGCACAACCCAUUGAAAGCAGAUUGUUAGAAAAUCUUAGUGAGCACUUGAACACUGAAAUAGUUUUGGGAUUAAUUUGCAGUCUGGAUUCGGCACUACUUUGGUUAAAAUCGACUUUUUUGUAUCAAAGAAUACAAAGCUCGCCGCAGGCUUAUGGCUUAUCAAGCAACCUUACUUCUGCUGAAAUAGAUAAACAAUUACUGGAAGGAACAUGUAUGAAGGCAAUUAAUAGCUUGAUCUCGAGUGGUUUAGUUAACUUUGAGGAAAACUCUUUAUCACUUAUACCCACUGAACCAGGAAGGUUGAUGGCUAAAUAUUGUCUGUGUUGCGAAACUCUCUCUAAGCUCUUAAAGAUUGGUGCGGAGUGUGACCUAAAAAACAUGAUUGAAGUUUUCUGUGACUGCAGAGAACUUCUUGAUGAGAUUAGCUUACGUACUAAAGAAAAAAGCAUUUUAAAUGCGUUAAAUAAUUCUAAAACUUUACCUUUAAGGUUUAAAAUAAAAGGUAAAAUAAAAACUGUUUCGCAAAAAAUCAAUUGCCUUUUGCAAGCCACUCUGGGAUCCGUUCAGAUUAGUGAUUAUGGGCUCAUGCAAGAUUCACAGAGAGCCAUGAAUGUUGCACAGAGGAUAUCAAGAUGUUUACAUGAUAUAAUUUAUUUACAAUGCUCUGACCCCAAGACUUUAGUUACCGCCUCAGUACUAUUACAAACUUUUCGAGCUCAGAUGUGGUUCGAUUCGAAAUAUCUAGCAAGACAAUUGGAUAAAAUAGGGCCGUCAUUAGCUACAACUUUUGUAUCAGCGGGGUUGCACUCCCUUAGUGCUAUAGAAAACGUGGACCCCCAGAGAGUAGAACUGUUAACCGGAAGAAAACCACCUUUUGGUAAAAAUGUUUUGCAACAACUUGCUCUUUUCCCUAAAUUUAUCUUAUCUUUCGAGAUAGUUCAAGACUCUAAAAUAUCCGUUCAGCUUUCAUUAAAAAAUUUUAACGAACGUUUGAACAUGUCUUUGUUCCCUAAAAAGGCUCAACUGCUGUGAGAUCUUCCACCACGCCAAU